AUGCUCUCAACGCUUCUAACACAAAUUGUGAACCCCUUAGCCUAUAUUGUCCCCGUCUUAUUGGCUGUCGCAUUCCUAACCCUGCUUGAACGGAAAGUCCUUGGUUAUAUGCAACUACGGAAAGGCCCCAAUAUUGUAGGGCCUUACGGCCUCCUCCAGCCAAUUGCAGACGGCCUAAAAUUAUUUACCAAAGAACCCAUUCGACCCUCCACUUCCUCCCCCCUAUUGUUUUUGCUCGCCCCUAUCUUAGCACUUACUUUAGCCCUUGCACUAUGAGCCCCCCUGCCCCUUCCCCACCCAGUUGUAGACCUCAACCUCGGCGUACUAUUCGUCCUGGCCCUCUCCAGCCUAGCAGUUUAUUCUAUCCUCGGAUCAGGAUGGGCCUCUAACUCGAAGUACGCCCUUGUCGGCGCCCUCCGUGCAGUCGCCCAGACCAUUUCUUAUGAGGUUAGCCUUGGCUUAAUCCUGUUAAGUGUAAUCAUCUUUGCCGGGGGCUUCACACUACAAACCUUCAACAUUGCUCAAGAGAGCAUCUGACUAGUGUUGCCUGCUUGACCCCUAGCUGCAAUAUGAUACAUCUCUACUCUUGCAGAAACAAACCGUGCCCCCUUUGACCUCACCGAGGGAGAGUCUGAGCUAGUCUCAGGUUUCAACGUAGAGUAUGCAGGCGGCCCUUUCGCCCUAUUUUUUCUAGCAGAAUACUCUAAUAUUUUACUUAUAAAUACACUCUCAACAAUUCUAUUCCUAGGGGCCUCCCACAUUCCCUCCUUUCCUGAGCUAACUACCACUAACCUAAUAGUAAAGGCCGCUCUUCUCUCCGUUGUGUUUCUCUGGGUCCGAGCAUCUUACCCCCGCUUCCGAUAUGACCAGCUUAUACACCUAAUUUGAAAAAAUUUUCUCCCCCUAACCCUAGCACUAGUUAUUUGACACCUGGCCCUCCCAAUCGCAUUUACUGGGCUCCCCCCUCAAUUUUAA